UUGUUUCCCUCCCCCAAAUGUUCUUCGGACGAGAUUUGAAAGUAAAAGACGAGAGAUUAGACGGAGCGAAAUGAAGUGAGAAAAAGCAAGCAAAGGAAGGGCAAAAAGAGAAUGUCCGCCACCGUCUUCUUCGUUGCCGUCCAGUGCUGCCAAUGCUCCACCAUGCAGGUGAAGCAGCGAAGUAAGAAGAGCAUCAAUAAAUGGACAUGCGUGGUGUGCAAUCAGAAGCAGUCCGUACGGAAGGUGUUCGCUCAGGGUUCCAUGGCCAAGCAGCUCCGUCUCUUCGUUCAGUCAUUCAACAUGUCCCGCCAUCACUCUGAGCAAACCAUCAUCCACCACCACGUCAUCGACGAAAACGAUGAAAAAGAAGAAGAAAAUCCCCUGUCCACGAAGAAGAAGAAACCACGGAUCGAUUGGAGCGACUACCUUGAAGAGCCGAAAGAAAAUUUCCACGCCAAAGAAGGAAACGGCGAUGUUGGCGGAGAUUUGGAGCCGAAGAUACUGACAGAGUUGCCAAUGGAGUUGUUCGACAAACAACAGGCUCUCCCCAAAUCCAAAUACGAAGAGGAAAGGGGCUGUAAGCGGAGGAUGAGUGAAGAAACUUCAAAACGGAGAGAUUCAACAAAAGAAGAAGUUGAUGUCGACAAGCCAAGAACAAAGAGCAGAGAUUCUUCCAAAUGGAACAAUUACGUAACUGAAGAAGACGGAGAUAUUCAUCAGUUUUCACGUUUUAGCAAUGGAAGAUUUGCAUGUCUUCAUAAUCAUGGAGCCACCACUGUAACCGAUCAUGAUGAUGAUCAAACAGUAGAAGAUGAUAUCCAUCCUGAUUUCAUGUAAACCCCUCUUUUAUCUAAAACCUUUUCUACCCUCUCUGGCCCUUUUUUUUUUUUUUUUUUAGGGGACAGAACGGAAAAUAUGUAUCAAAUUUUGGUGGAGUUGUCACUUUCUUGCUUCACGCUUUUGUUCAUAUUGAAAAAUAAAAUUUAAUCAUACGACCUCAAUUCAUGUUUUAA